UGAGCACUCUGUUGUCGCCUUCUGGCUUUGACACAGCGGCGGCGGAAAAAAAAAACAAAAAAAAAAAAUCUUUGACAUUUUUCACAUUUUUCACAUUUUUUUUUUGUGUGUGUGGAAAUCAAACGCCCCUAAUAAACCGCCUCAGAUGCCCCCCUCCGUGUCAGAUUCCCAGAAAGUCGCAGCGGGGAUUCGGGGAAUAAUAAUAAUAAUAUAUAAACGUAAAUAUAACUUUUUCAGUGUGUGUGGACAAGAUGAAUGCUGUUCUCCGUGUCCUCCGUAGCUGGCCAGCCGGGGACUUGUUGGAGGUUUUCACCGGAGCAUUUUCGGACCACCUCGAAGGAAACACAAGUGGGGAGACUUGUUGCUUCAACGCGUUUGACGGUUGUUUUUUUUUUUUUUUUCUCCUUCCCCCCCAAAAAGAGAAAGGAAAUCACCAUCGAAGUUUAGUGUCUCUCCCUAGUCUGCUCCAGGCUUUAGCUUGGAGAGCCCAACCGCCACGAUUGAUCCCAGCAGCUGGAGCGGCAGCGAGAGCCCUGCCGAGGACAUGGAGAGGAUGAGCGACUCGGCAGACAAGCCCGUGGACAAUGAUGCCGAGGGGGUGUGGAGCCCUGACAUUGAACAGAGCUUCCAGGAGGCCCUGGCCAUCUAUCCUCCCUGUGGGCGCAGGAAGAUCAUUCUCUCUGAUGAGGGAAAGAUGUAUGGUCGAAACGAGCUGAUAGCCCGAUACAUAAAGCUCCGGACCGGGAAGACGAGGACCCGGAAGCAGGUGUCUAGUCACAUACAGGUCUUAGCAAGAAAGAAAGUUCGAGAAAUCCAAGCUGCCAUUAAGGACCAAGCCGUGAAGGACAAAGCCCUCCAGAGCAUGGCCUCCAUGUCCUCGGCUCAGAUAGUCUCUGCCACGGCUAUUCACAACAAGCUCGGUCUGCCAGGCAUCCCUCGCCCAGCCUUCCCUGGAUUAUGGCAGGGCAUGAUAUCCACUGGUCAGCCAGGAUCCUCACAAGAUAUCAAGCCUUUCACCCAGCAGCCCUAUCCCAUCCAGCCAGCAGUCACAACAGCCAUUUCAAGUUACGAGCCCACAGCAGCUCCAGCGCCCACGGCACCAGCGUGGCAGGGCCGCUCCAUCGGCACAUCGAAACUGCGACUGGUGGAGUUCUCUGCCUUCCUAGAGCAACAGAGAGACCCGGACUCGUCUCCGCCGCCUCAGGCCGACUUAAACUGCAACAUCCAGGACGACACCGGAUCGUUCUACGGCGUCACCAGCCAGUACGAGAGCUCGGAGAACAUGACCAUCACGUGUUCAACGAAGGUCUGCUCCUUUGGAAAGCAGGUGGUGGAGAAAGUCGAGACUGAAUACGCACGGUUUGAGAAUGGACGCUUCGUCUACAGGAUAAGCCGGUCUCCCAUGUGUGAAUACAUGAUCAACUUCAUCCACAAGCUCAAACACCUGCCAGAGAAAUACAUGAUGAACAGCGUGCUGGAGAACUUCACCAUCUUAUUGGUGGUGACGAACAGGGACACCCAGGAGACGUUGCUAUGUAUGGCCUGUGUGUUUGAGGUUUCGAACAGUGAGCACGGCGCCCAGCAUCACAUCUACAGACUGGUAAAGGAAUGAUCGACUCCCUACCCUCUACCCCCUUCUUCUUCUUCUUCUUCUUCUCUUCAUAGACUUACCAACCUCAAAACAAGUGGCAGUGCCUCUACGAGAAAGUCAUACCCGCGAUGCUCUCUGGUCAAGAUGUCGGGCGAAGUCGGAUCCGUUUUAAUAUAAGUGUUUGUUAUUUGACUGCAGCUGUGAAUUGCGGUACAGUUGUUUUAUGUUUAAAUAUUCUCAUUUGAGAUGCGUUGAGUUGGUCUCCGUUGGGUAUAAAUGUGGCCGUUCUUAAAGAAUUUACUAGAUUCAUUUGAUAAAUGGAAAUACGUGUGUGUGUCGUCUUCUUCUGCUUUGUUAUGUAGACUUUUAAAAAAAAAAAGAAAAGAAAAACAGCAGGAUGCAGGCCUUUUCUAUCCGCCGCCUGACGUGGUCUGUGUGUAAUAUGUUUCGAGGGUGUUUUUACGUCUGUACUCCAUCGUCUGUGAGCGUACAUACUGUAGAUACAGACACGCACCCACAGCCAAUAGACUUUCCAAAGAAACAGAACUAACAACACUAUAUAUAUAUAUAAAUGUGUAUAUAUAUAUAUAGUAGCCGGAAGCAAAUCGUUGUGAAUAACGCAGAACUGCUACUUCUUGAAAAACUCAGCUUUUAGUCGUUUAUUUAUCCCUGUUGAAGCACUCCGAGUCUUAGACACCAACAACAGAAUAAAAUGCACUGUGAACACACUACAAACGUUUUUUUUUUUUCCUGCAUCUGCUCCAUAAAUGCGGGAAGUCCUGCCUACCGCCUGCUAAGCAUCUCUGUGGUGCCGCCGCAAACAAGCGACAAGAGGAUUUUUCUUUUUUUUUUUGUUGUUGUUAGGUUGUAGACAGGUGAAAGUACUGCUAAGAUUACUCCAAUUGGACUCUCAUCUGGUCCAGAAGCACUUUGUUCCCCUUCCUGUGCUUGCCUUAGUGAUGCUUACUUUUGUUCUCUGUGGUUUUAGAACAAUUGAAAUUAUGGUGACACUACAGAUCUCUUGGAGACGGCGUUCAGCGUGCCGUGGCUUUGCCCUCCUCCUCCUCCUCCUCUUUUGAAAGACUCAGAAUAUCUUUCCCCUCUGGGAUCGUGGUGUAAUAACUCCAAGCCUUCACGCUCACAUGUUUCUGUGCCCUACGCUGAUCCCGAGCCUUAAACAUAUUGAAGCUGUAUGUUAAAGUCCAAAAGAUGCCACUAAAACUGUGAUCUCUAUGUGGGGAAGACUCUCUGUGUGUUUGCAUUGUGUACAAAAAACAAAUCACAAUCUGCCAAAGUGUAAGUGUACAGUGCCUUAGAAUAUACUCUAACAUUACCCGUUUGCUCAGUUCUGUGGAUGAAACAGGCAAAAAUAACUCACCCGUGUAUUACUCGGUAUAUCUUCUCAUCUGAGAAAUUCCUCAAAUUGGUACACUCCAAGAAACACACUUUGUGUUGUUGACAGGCAGUACACUUAUGUUAAAUUAAGUUUGUAAAUCUGAGCUCAGAAACAGGUUAUUUUUUUUCUCUCCAACGCUGUAAUAUGUUCCGAAAAUAUCCGCCUUUUUUCUAGGAGUGUGCUAUAAACACAGACCGACUGCCUUUCCUGUCGCAGAAGACCAAAAAAUAAGAAAAAAUACAGAGAUACAGUCAAAUCUUUUGUCACGUCCUGCAUGGUAGCAAAAAAAAUAAAAAAUUUAAAAAGUGCCUUUGGUUUAAAAAAAAAAAAAAUUCAAAAAGAUCAAACAGAAAUUUAAAAUUAAACGUUGCUAGACCAAAUACGCCGAGACAUGAGUGACACCAAUCACCACAUUGCCUUUCAGAGGACUGUCAUGACAGCAGGGGGAAAGAUAGUUACUGGUGAAAGUAAAGAAAUGAUAUAUUCAGUUUUACUACAGUGUAGAUUGAUUUUUUUUUUUUUUGCAAAUUAUGUAUUUGAAGAAAAGCUAUUUCUUUGCUUGAACGACUGGGUCCGGUGUGGUCCGGUGUGGUCCGGCCUGCAGGAGGUCGACUCAGAAACACUGAAGCUUCGCGAGCACUUGCAGGUUCAAGUGUUUGUUUUUGGGAAGCAUUUCCUUUUUCCCCUGAACACAAAAUCGCAGAACUUCGGCGAUGUAAGUUGACGAAGCAGGGACCGACACAAGCUUUUAUUCACGAGGAGAAAAAAAUAAAUUAUUUAAAUGGAUUUCUGUCCUGGGAUCGCUUUCCCGACCCGUUUGAGACGCUAAAUUAAGAGCAUGGAGGCUUCCACUGUAAGGACCACAACUACUACUAAAAAAAAGAAAUGACACUCAUCUCAAGUAUUUUAAUCAAAGAUGUAGAUUGCAGACAAUGUCGCUGGUGGAUGCAGAUAAAAGUUCAAUCAUUCAGUAUUCGGCCGCGGCCCCGCGGACGCUGUGGGGCUGUGAUAGGCUUUUUGUUUCCUUCUGUUUGUUGUACCUGUUCACGUUUAUUGAUCACAUAGUGAGAUGUUCCUGUUUUCUUAUCGUACCUGUAUUACUUGGUUUCGUGAUGACAUUGUCUGUAUAUUACAAGCCCAAUAAGAUGAUGUUACUGCUGCACUGCUGGUACACGUAGACGUCUUAACACGAAGAAGAACAGCAGGACUGACGCCUCUGACGGCUCGAAUGUCUGGUGGACCAUAAGAAUAGAAAAUCAGUCGAGGAAUCAUGCUAUAAACAUAUCAGCAGUUUAGCUCUUGUUAUUUGUAAUUUUUGUUUUUUUUGGAAGAGUAGGUACUGGUACCUUUCUGUUUUCUGACCAUUUCAGACGGUGGCUUUAAAGUGAUUCUUGACAUAGCUCACGUAUAGCUGUCAUUCACACAUUCUGGGUUUUUGUGUGCAGAUGUUUUCUCUCUCUCUUUUUUUUUUUUUUUGUAAAAAGGUGCUUUGUAUAAAAUUAUAUCUUAGCUUUUCUUGGUACAGAUGUGUGAUAUCUUUUCAUAUCCAUGACAGUAAAGUGUUGGAGCAAAGGAGAGAAAAGCCGCUCUGCUAUGUUUCUGUGUUCUGCAUAUGGUCGUGUCUUUGCUCCGUAACAUUAUGAUGCCUUCUUGACAAUAGUAGAUAUUUUGUAGCUUUCUAGAUACUUUGUAUGUAUGCAAUAUUGAAGUUAAAUAAAUCUGAAAAACACUG